AUGACUUCUCUCCCUCCUCUCAUCGCUCUCGAAGAACACUUCUUCUCUCAGGCCAUGCUCGCCGGCUCGACCGACACCUACUCGGAGCAGCUGAAACACAUCCCUGGGCUGGCCGACAAGCUGGCUGACGUGGGCGAGCUACGACUACAAAGCAUGGACGCCGGACAGGUGUCGUUUCAAAUAGUGUCGCACGCGCCCGGCGCCCUGUCUCCCACCCAAUGCCGGUCGGCUAACGACCAGCUCGCGCAGGCUGUACAGGACCAGCCGGACCGGUUCGCCGGCUUCGCGGUGCUGCCUGUCUCGCACCCGGCGCAGUGCGCCGACGAACUGACACGGUGCGUCCGAGAGCUAAAGUUCGUGGGCGCCUUGAUCGACAACCACGCCGCCGACGGCUCCUACUUUGACGGCGACGCGUACCUGCCGCUGUUCCAGACCGCCGAGCAGCUCGACGUGCCCGUCUACCUGCACCCGACCUGGCCAACCGAUGCCGCCACGGCCGCCCUGUACACGGGCAACUUCUCACCCGCGGCGUCCCGAUCCAUCGGCUCGUCCGCGCUGGGCUGGCACGCCGACGUCGCCACGCACGUGCUACGCCUUUUCGCCGCCGGCCUGUUCGACCGCCUGCCCCGGCUCAAGAUCAUCGUCGGCCACAUGGGCGAGAUGCUACCGUUCAUGCUGGACCGCAUCGCCGCCCUUUCGCCCCGCUGGGGUCCGCGCGUCCACAGCUUCCGACACGUCUGGGAUACAAACAUCUACAUCACCACCAGCGGCAACUGGAGCGUCGAUCCCAUGGCCUGUAUUCUGCGCAACACCAAGAUCGACCAUGUCUUGUAUAGCGUCGACUAUCCCUUUGCCAAGAACGAGGAUGGCUUGGUCUUUAUGCAGAAUCUGCAGCAGAGCGGCCUCGUCACCCCCGAGCAGUUGGACAUGAUUGCCUACAAGAAUGCAGAGACCUUGCUCAACGUCAAGGCAAGCAAACGCUGGACUUCUAGCGUGUGA